AUGGUUGGCACCUCCCCUGUGUUGUUCCAGGGCAUGCUGGGAAUUUCCGGGCUGUCUAUUCUCCUAGAGUGCUCACAAGUGUCGAUUUUGGAAUUUUGUUCUUGAGAGAGGAGGAGACGGCGUCAAUACAAAGGUUGCAGCUGGAGCUUCAGCAGAGGAGGCUUUCUUUUCUCUAACUGCUGGGGAGCGAGAAGACUCGGGUGGACUUAUUAAUUUCAGGUGCACAAGAGGAAGUCUGCCCACCUUGGAGCUCCCACCCCCUGAGGGACCACAGUCUGCCCCAAGCAGAGACCCUGGAGCCCGAGGGAAUGGCCCCCUGGACCCCGAGGCCCCCUUCCCAGGGGUCAAUAACAUUCAAGGAUGUGGCUGUGGACUUCACCCAGGAGGAGUGGUGCCUCUUGGACCAUGCUCAGAAAGAGCUGUACAAGAAGGUGAUGCUGGAGAAUGUGCAGAAUCUACUCUUCGUGGAGGCAGAGACUAAUAUUGAAGUGAAGAAUAUGUCUCCAAAGCUGAACCUUUUUGUGGAAGGAUCUGGCCUUUCAAGAGGCAUGAAUAAGGAUCUCUGCGACUUCAUUUUGAGAGAAAUUUGUGACUUUAAUAUCAAUGUAAAUAAAAAUCGAAAGAGUGACUGUAAAUUUGAUGAAAUUACAGAAAAAUUCAGCCACCAUUCAGUCCUAAAUCAGUACAUGAAAGUGACCUCAGGAAGUAACUAUUGUCAAGAUAGUGAAUACACCAAAUGCUUUCUUGAAAAAGUAGGAUUUGAGCAGUUCCAUGUGAAACCUCCUGAAAUGCCCAUGUAUCAAGGUAACCUAGGGAGAAUUGCCUAUGGAUCAAGUUUAGACCUCAGAAGACAUCCAAAGAGUAAACAUGUAGAAAUGCUUUCUGUGAACAAUAAAGGGGUGAGACCUUUCAGUCAGAACUCUGAGCUUGGUUCAUGUCAAAUAAUCCACUCUGGAAAGAGACCGUAUGAAUGUAAACGGUAUGGAAAGACUUUCACACAGAGGGGAAAUCUUGCUGCACAUCAGAGAAUCCACACUGGAAACAAAUCUUAUGAAUGUAAACAGUGUAGAAAGACAUUCAUAAGGAGGGAUCAUUUUGCUUUGCAUCAGAAAAUCCACACUGGAGAGAAACCUUAUUUGUGUAUACAAUGUGGAAAAGCUUUCACAGAGAGAGGCUCUCUUGCUGCACAUCAGAGAAUCCACACUGGAGAGAAACCUUAUGAAUGUAAACAAUGUGGAAAGGCUUUUACAGAGAAGGGACAUCUUGCUAAGCAUCAGAGAAUCCACACUGGAGAGAAACCUUUUGAAUGUAAACAAUGUGGAAAGGCUUUCACCGUACAGGACAAUCUUGCUGUACAUCAGAGAAUCCACACUGGAGAGAAACCUUAUGAAUGUAAACAAUGUGGAAAGGCUUUCGCUGUGAAGGGCAAUCUUACUGUACAUCAGAGAAUCCACUCUGGAGAGAAACCUUUUGAAUGUACACAGUGUGGAAAGGCUUUCACAGACAAGGGUUCUCUUGCUAAGCAUCAGAGAAUCCACACUGGAGAGAAACCUUAUGAAUGUACACUAUGUGGGAAAGCUUUCACGUGCAGGGGUGAUCUUCAUAAGCAUCAGAAAAUCCACAGUGGAGUGAAAUCUUAUGAAUGUAAACAAUGUGGAAAGGCUUUCACAGAGAAAGGCUCUCUUGCUGCACAUCAGAGAAUUCACACUGGAGAGAAACCUUUUGAAUGUACACAAUGUGGAAAGGCUUUCACAGAGAGGGGCAAUCUUGCUAAGCAUCAGAGAAUCCACACUGGAGAGAAACCUUUUGAAUGUAUACAAUGUGGAAAGGUUUUCACAGUGAGGGGUUCUCUUGCUAAGCAUCAGAGAAUCCACACUGGAGAGAAACCUUUUGAAUGUAAACAAUGUGGAAAGGCUUUCACAGUGAGGGGCUCUCUUGCUAGGCAUCAGAGAAUCCACACUGGAGAGAAACCUUUUGAAUGUAUACAAUGUGGAAAGGCUUUCACACGGAGUGGUCAUCUUGCUGCACAUCAGAGCAUCCACACUGGAGAGAAACCUCAUAAAUGUACACAACGUGGAAAGGCUUUCACACACAGGGUGAGUCUUGCACAUCAGAGAAUCAAUCCUGGAGAAAAACUUCAUGAAUGUAAUAAAUUUGGAUAGCCUUUGUCUUAAUGCUCUACAGUUGCUUCAUGUCAGAAAAUCCCCACUUUAUAGAAACCUCAUGAGUAAGGCUGAGUUUAUAGUUGCCACUCUUAGCUUAUUUAACAGAAGACGAUCCAUACUAGAGAGAAACUUUAGGAAUAUGGUCAAUGUGUUAAGUCUUUCAAGCAGCAGUCAUAUUUUAUUACCAAAGGGGAAUUCGUUUUGGAUAGAAAUCUUAUUUCUGUCAUGAAUGAAGAAAGACAUUGAAAUGGAGAGUCCAGAGCUUCUUCAGUAUGAGAAAAUGUCUUCUCAACAAACCAGUUCCAGAUGGAUUCCCUAUAGGAAGGCUUUCAGCCAGAGAUCAUCUCUUCAUAUCAGGGAAUUCAUAGUGGGGGAAAAAAAACUAAUGGAUGUGCUCAAGUUUAUGUGUUUUCCUGAGGUGGAGAGUGAUCAGUUUCAUUUGGAGAAAUGCAAAUUAUAAAUGUCAGGGACCAGCCCACAUCUAUUAGAUUGGUUAUUAUGACAGGAAAGGAAAGUGACAAAAGUUGGAGUAGAUGUGGGAAGACUGAAAAAAAGAAUGAACUUUUGUGAUUGUGAACUAAUUCAGCAUGCUAGAGAGAUCAAUUUGGUCCAAAGGGCAUUAAAAAACAACAAACAAAAAAAGGAACUAUAUAUAUUAAAAAUAGAAAACAUUUAAUGGUGCUCUUUUUGGGGUGACAAAAAAUAGGAAAUUAAGAGUUAAUUUAUCAUUUUGGAAAUUGCAGAACAAAUGGCAUAUGAUUGUAAUGGAAUCCUAUCAUUUUAUCAUUAAUGAAGAAAAGGAGGUUUUAAUAUAAUCACAAUUAUGCAUUUUACAUUUUGUAAUGUUCUGUAUCUUUUGUUUGAGAUGUAUUAGAUUUAAAUUAAUGCCCAAGAAUUGCAAGUAUUAAUUUUAUAAAAUUUUUAAUACUCAAAGUAGAAUAAAAGGAAAUAGAAUUGUGAAGAUGAGAUUAACUCUCCCCUUACUUCUAAAUUAAAUCACUAUAAGUGUAUACACCUUACUUGGUCUCUUAGACCUCAUGCUUCUUAGCAUUGUGCCGUGGCUCUUUUGUGAUUCCUUCUUCUGAAAUUAAAAACAUUUAUUAGUUAACUUUUCCAUAAUAUUUAAAUAUUAAUACAGGUUUCCAUAGUCUAAAGCUUUUGGCUAUGCACUGGUAUUACAUAUUGUAAACUUAUCCUUCAAAAUAAAAACCAAUACUGAUUCUGUGUACUUAAAUUACAAAAAAAAUAAGACGAAAUGAAAAAUGAAAUAUCCAAUUGCAAAUAUAAAGAAAAACAAUUAUAAAAAUUAUAAAAAUCAGGAAUUCCUGGUUCUGAACAGACAGUAAUUUUUCAGCCAAACAGGCAUAAUACAAAGAUAUUUUUACUCAAAAGCAAGUUCUAUUUUCUUUGUAACUUGGCCAUGAUCCACAAUGUCAGUGUGCAUUAUUUUUUCACCAGAUGAAAGCUUUUUAUAAAUAGUAGCACAGCUAAAAGCCAAAAUGCAGUAACUGGAAGUGACAUACAUCAUCCAAUAGAAUAUUUUAGAGUAGAUUAAUAUGUAAACUUAUAAACAAAACUGAAUCUUAGAACUGUUAGGAAAUAAGUCCAGGUCAUAGAGAUGAGCAAUUUGAAAAAAAAAAUAAAGUGAAAAAGUCAAAAUUUCCAAGUCAAGGCAGUAAGUUUUUAUUGGAAGAGGGCCAAAGAAAACUGGACUGUUGCAUCAUGAGGUGCAUGAGUUUUAUCAUAAGACAUAGCAUCAUUUAGACCUUCUUAGGAAAUGGUUACCCAACAAAGCUGAUUGGUUAGUUCAUUUAGGAAACCCCAUAUUUAUCCAAAGGUUAAAUCAGAAAGCAAUAAAUAACCUUAUUAAGAGAAAUAAUAAUGACUAUUACCUAAGAGUCGUCUGAUCUGGGGGUAGAAGGAUAUUACUUGUGGUUAAUUCCAAAAAGGGAAGAGGCAUUUGAACCAUAUCUCAAUGUGAAACUCAGAGGGUCAGCAUCUUAUGACUAAGAGAAGUGCUUACUCUGUAAUAAGGGAGAGGCUGAAAAUCCCUUUACAAGCAGUUUUAUACUUUAGAAAACUAUAGUUAAAAAAGCCUUAUAAAAAUCAUGAAUUUUAAUUGCAAUUAUGAUUGUGAUGGGAUUAUGCUAAUCACUUUAGAAUCACAAUAUUAUUUUAAAUAUCACUAUCACUUAUUUGGAUCCAAUCAAGUAUAAGGAGGUAGGGGUCUGUUUCUUCCACACACAAAAAAAUAAGCAGCAAUUACAAUAUAUGUAACAGGAUACAGCAAAUCUGUGUCAAUAGAAGGUACAUGCUUUAUGUGUGAGAAAUGAAUCCAAAAGUCCUUUUCUCCAAUUUUGAUAGCUGUUAGAGUAGUCCACAGGAAAUUAAAUACACCUUGUAUUUAAAAUUGCCUUAGAGAUUUCUCCAUUAUGGGGAGGGGAACAAAAUGAAACAGUUAAUAUCAGUAAGACAGUGGGGUCUGAAAGGGCUUAAAAUUCACCUCCAGUCUCUUUGAGUUCCCUUCCCCUCCCGAGUACCAUCAUUCAUCUAGAUUCCUCUGGAGUCCCCCACACUUAAGGGGGUUGCCACACUGAGCACAAUGAGGACAAACCACAUAUUGGAUGUUUUGGUGUGGAUUAUGAUUUGCUCUAUUAUAAUCACUGAUCCUGUUAGAGGAUCUAUUAUUAUUAUUAUUCCUCAAGCUUCUAUUUUCCUGAUUCCUCUUCCAGCAAUUCAUAGCCACAUGACCUUCCUUUCCACAAAAAUUACAUAUUAGCGGUUGCUUUGUAGAUUGCUUUACAGGGGUGACCACCUGCUUUAAUUGCUUUUUCAACUUUUUCCUUUAAUGCAUUUAUUUCCUUCUUUAAUGUUUCGUCUAAUUUCUCCACUAAUUUAGCAUUCUAUCUUUCCAUGGCCCUCAAAAAUGUAAACUGACACUCUUUAAUUUAUUGAGGUCCAUAGAAGACCAGUUUGGACAUGUAGUCAUAAAAUAGUUCUCAACCACCUUGCAGCAGUUGUUUUGUUUUUACAAAUUGUGUCCUUAUGUGUCUAACACCUUUUCCCCUAGAAAGAUCUAGGCCCAGAUAUCUGCAUUUCAGCUCAAUAAACAUAUCAAUAAACUUGAGAUGACUCCUCCACAUCCUUCUACCAUAAAUCUUUAAAUUUUGUCCAAAUACCUGGUCUGACAGAAAAAGUUUCUCAUUGCAUUCCUAGCCUAACAGAGUUGUAAGAAAUCUUCCUCUGAAUUUGGGUCCCAUUCAAGCCUAAGGUUGACCAAUGAAUCGCCCCCUCUCCCUGGGCCUGAUUAAUAAGAGAAAGAACCUCAUUUCUUUCUCUUUCCAUUAAAAGAGCAUGGAACAGAUCAGUCACCUACUUAUUCAUGCCUACAAUGGGCUCAUCUUCAAAGGAAGGGGUUGUUGUUUUUUCCCCUUUGAAUCUCUCAAUGUCUGGUGGAGGGAAAGGUGCUUGGUGUCUAAUGUUUACUAAGUUCCUUUUUUUAUUAUAAGUGGGAACAUCCCUUAGAAUAGGCCUUUAUUUGAAUUGUCUGUGAUUACUACUGCUUGACUUGUUGCUCUGGUUGAGGCUAGUCAGGAGAUGGGGAGGCAAGGCAAAAAGGGGGUAGAGGCAUGAAGGAGAGGGGAGAUCAGGGUUGGGGAGGGGAGGAGAGUGGGCAGAGAGAAAGGAAAUUGAGCAGAGGUAGACAUGGGGAAGAGAAGACUAUAUAGGAUGGGUGGGGUUGGUCAGGGAAAGGAUAGUAGGUAGGUAGAGGAAUGGUGGAGGGGGGAGAAGGAUGGUUGGGAAGGUGGGUGGGCACUGGGUAGUGGAAAGGGAGAAACUAUGAGGUGAGGGUCAGUUGGUAAGGUACGGUACAGAGGUGGGUUGGUAGGAAAGGAGAUGGGAGUGGGGUCUAAUGGGGGAGGGACAAAAGGAGUCAAAUCUUGGCCUGGGUUUAGAGAAAGAACCUUCUGACUGGAAGGCAAUGAAUGCACUUUGUGAUGGUUUUCGUAGUCAGCCAAGCUAUGUUCAGUGGGUUUGGUUGAAUUUUCAACCAUACUUGCCCACAAUUACCAAUAGGCAUAGUCUUUAGAAUUCUUAUGGCCAAUAGUUAGUUUUAGGUAUUUCAAAACUUUAAAAUCAAAAAGAACCAUACCAGCUAAAGGACUUUUGUGUCCAGGCUUUGUACCAUUUCUUUGCUUCCUUCUUUGACAUAUCAUGUUCUUUAGGAAAAUUAGGUUAGGAUUGCUCCAAGAAUUUAAUAGUUUGGGCAGAGGUGCAAUAUUUCCCAUAAUUUCUAGGCUUUUUGUCCUGAUCUGCCUCGGAAAAUUCCUGGUCCUUUAUAUAUAUAUGAAUGAAGUUUCUUUAGCUGCAAUUGUUGGGGAAUUCAGUAGCUCUGAUACAAGUAUAUUCUCAGUAAGGAGAUGUUCUGACUUGCAGAAUGGGCAAUUUAAAAAAUGAAAGGAACCUAAAACAAACAAAAAGACAAAAUUUCUUUCAAGUUUUAUUAUAGAAAGCUACUAUAGUAGAGCUAAAUAAGAAACCAAUGCAAGGCAAUAGUACCAAUAAUAAAUAUAAAUCAUAAUAAUAAUUAACAUUAUUGCUGAGAAGAAAUAUGAUGUUUGAAAUAAUGAAGGAUUGAAUUAGUAUAUUAGAUUAAUUACUAUUGCAUUGAAUUACAUUUGCUUAAUUUUAUUUUCUUUGAUUUUAUUAAUUUGGUUUUAUUAAUAUUUAUUUAAUUUAAAUUUUAUUCCACAUGAUUUAAUUUGAUUUGAUAUAUUAACUUAUCUUUAAUUAUAUUCAUAAAUUUAUUAAUUAAAUUCCUAAAUGCCUGCAGCUUUACUUCCUGUCUGUGGAUGGUGCUACUCUAGUGUGUACUGGCUAGGGUCACCCAGGGCUAGAGAAUGGGACAUCCAAAAGAUUAGGAAGGAAAAUGGUGUGAGUGUAGGCAUGCCGUAGUUUGACAGAAUUUAAAUAUGGAAGGUUUGGGAGGGAAAAAAUAUUAAUAAAAAUCAAAAGCUUUUUAUUUAAGGCAAAAGGACACACACACACACACACACACACACACACACACACACACACACACACACACACACACAUACAA